AUGAAUGUGUUGAAGUUACUGAAGAAAUAUCCUAUCUUGGAACAAGCUGAUUUGUACGGAAUAAUUGAAGAUUUCCGUGCAAUUGAUUUAGAGGAAAAGGGAUGGGUAGAGAAGAAGGACGUUAUUAAUUCUGUUUCCAAGAAGGGGAAGUAUACUUAUGAUGAAGCAAGAGAAACCUUAAAGCAAGUCGAUGUUGAUGCUUCGGGUCAUGUUGAAUUGGACGAUUAUGUUCAAUUGAUGGCCAAGUUAAAGGAAGGUGACACAGGCUCAAUUUCCAGCUCUUCCGCUGCUCCAAUCACUACUGGUGGUUUGGCUCCAGCUGGUUCAAGAGUUGUCAGUGGUCAUAUGAGAAAGCCUUCCAAUUCUGGUCUGGCUUCAGAAGCUCCAACUUCACCUAGAAAAACUUAUCUAGGAGGCUCUACCUCUGGUACAACUCAUACCGUUAAUGAUGAAGAACGGACUGAAUUCACCAGACAUAUUAACUCCGUGUUGGCUGGAGACGAUCAUGUUGGUAACCGUUUGCCAUUCGACACAGAAACUUUCCAAAUCUUUGAUGAGUGUAGAGAUGGUUUGGUAUUAUCAAAAUUGAUCAAUGAUUCUGUUCCAGAUACCAUUGAUACCAGAGUUUUGAAUUUGCCCAAACCAAAGAAAGAAUUGAACAACUUCCAAAUGAGUGAAAAUGCAAAUAUUGUCAUUAACUCCGCCAAGGCUAUUGGAUGCGUUGUUGUGAAUGUGCAUUCUGAAGAUAUUAUUGAUGGGAAGGAACAUUUGAUAUUGGGUUUAAUCUGGCAAAUCAUUAGAAGAGGAUUGUUGUCUAAGGUGGAUAUUAAGUAUCAUCCUGAAUUGUAUCGUUUAUUGGAAGAUGACGAGACUUUAGAACAAUUCUUGAGAUUACCUCCAGAACAAAUUUUGUUAAGAUGGUUUAAUUAUCAUUUGAAGAAUGCUGGCUCUCAAAGAAGAGUUACCAACUUUUCUAAGGACGUUAGUGAUGGUGAAAAUUAUACUGUUCUUAUGAAUCAAUUAGUUCCUGAAUCUUGUGGGUUGGAACCUUUACAAAUCCAUGAUCAUUUGCAAAGAGCAGAGAAGAUUUUGGACAAUGCUGAAACCAUUGGAUGUAGAAAGUAUUUGACGCCAACUUCUUUGGUUUCUGGUAACCCCAAAUUGAACUUGGCUUUCGUCGCUAAUUUGUUUAAUACUUAUCCAUGUUUGGAACCAAUUGCUGAAGAAGAAAAGCCAGUAAUUGAAGAUUUUGAUGCUGAAGGUGAAAGAGAAGCCAGAGUAUUCACUUUGUGGUUGAAUUCAUUGGAUGUAGACCCUCCUGUGAUUACUCUUUUCGAAGAUUUAAAGGAUGGUUUGGUGUUAUUGCAAGCUUACGACAAGGUCAUCCCUGGAUCUGUUUCCUUUAAGCAUAUAAACAAGAAACCAGCUAACGGAGGAGAAUUGAUGAGAUUCAAAGCCUUGGAAAACACCAACUAUGCUGUUGAAAUUGGGAAAGCCAACAAGUUUUCCUUAGUUGGUAUUGAAGGUAGCGAUAUCACUGAUGGUAACAAGUUAUUGACAUUAGGGUUAGUAUGGCAAUUGAUGAGAAGAAAUAUUGUCAAUACAUUGGCAUCUUUAUCAUCAGUCAAUGCAAACUUGAGCGAUAGUGAUAUGUUGAAAUGGGCUAAUGCCCUUGUUACUAAAGGUGGGAAGACUAAUACUGCUAGGUCCUUCAAGGAUCCUUCAAUCAGUUCUGCCAAUUUCUUUUUGGACAUCUUGAACGGAUUGAAGCCCGGUUAUGUCGAUUACGAUUUGGUUUACCAAGGUACUAACUUGAGCGAAGAAGAGAAGUAUGCCAAUGCUCGUUUGGCUAUUUCUAUUGCUAGAAAGUUGGGAGCUUUGAUUUGGUUAGUUCCAGAAGACAUUAACGAAGUUAGAAGUAGAUUGGUUUUAUCCUUCGUUGGCUCAUUAAUGCUUGUGGAAAAAAAUAACUAUCUUGUGAGGAAGUCAUAUAGCCAGGGAGACAUGUCUGGUAAGAUCUUGCCCUUUACUGAGGCCAACAGCAAGAGAAUUGCUUCAUUAUUUAGACAAGCGAUGAGAAGUGCUUUUGACAACACUGUCAAGUUCGAUGCGUACAGAAACGCUACCAUCAACAUCAGACAACGUAUUGAAGCCAAUAGACAUGUUUCUGAUGCCGAAGAGUUGGAUCAAAUUAUUCAAGCAUUUAAAGCAGAAUUGAAGGAAUGGGAAGUUCCAGAUCCAUACAUUCCUCCAUCAAGACCAGGGGGAACCAAGUUUUACAGAAAUGCACCUGACCCAAGAGAAACUGAAAAGGUUGUACCUGGUGAUUGGUAA